GAAAUCAUAAUAUUCAAUACACACGCUAUUCUAAGAUUCAUAUCUUGAGAUAUUUGAGUGUCACACUAUUGUAAAUGCGUGUUUUAGUUUUACCGCUGUUACUUGAACCCGAUGUAUUUAUGUGUGAUGCUGAGUUAUAGAGCUGUAGCGUCGAAGACGCGACUGUAUUUAUUCAUAAAUGUGGUUCAUUUUGUGGGAAUUUAUAUCUAUGUACUGUAUCAUUAGAACUGAUUGGUGAAUUCGAUUAUUGCAAAUCAUAGCUUUCGCAACUGUGUAACCUCUAUAUUGAUGCAUAACUGCAACAACGAAUUUUACUUUGAAGGAUGGGGCAAUGUAGAAAGUUUUUUGUGGUAGUUACCAAGCUUGAAACGUUCAAAACCCUUGCUUAUGGAAGCAUUUUCUUAAUUGGUCUUCAUUAUCUGAUUAAAUUUGAGCAAAUAAAACAAAAUGGAGCUUUUCAAAACAUCAAUAUUCCACUGGAACCAAACUUUGUGCCUCUAGGAAUAAGGGAAUCGGAGACUUUUCCUACAGAUGGCAUUGAUCGGAUCCCCCAUAUUAUACACCAGACUUGGAAAAAUGAUCAAAUUCCCAGUAAAUUUUCGAAAUGGAUUCACACCUGGACCAAGAACCACCCAGGUUGGACAUACUACUUAUGGACAGAUGACAGUGCCCGUCAGCUCAUCAAGGAAAGGCAUCCACACUUACUGAAAGUAUUCGAUGGUUAUUCAGAGGGAAUAAGGAGAGCUGAUGCAUUGCGUUAUGUUAUUAUGUAUGAAUUUGGUGGCAUAUAUGCCGAUAUGGAUUUAGAAAACUUGAAGUCACUUGAACCUUUUACGAAAAAAUAUGCAUGCUUCUUAUCACAAGAGCCAUAUGAACAUCCGAUCCUAGAUGGAAACUUUGAAAAUUUAGUGAUUAAUGCAAUACUGGGCUGUAGGCCAAAACAUCCUUUCAUGAAAAAGUUAAUGGACAGGUUACCAGCUUUCCAACACAUGUGGAAUGUCCUGGACAGCACCGGGCCACAUUUUGUAACCUCCGUUUACCAAGAUUUCAAGGCAGAAUAUUCUUACCCAGACACACAUGUAAAUGGAAUUUACUUGGCUCCAGCAGAGUAUUUUUUUCCAACUAUAGACCCAGCCAAAUUUUUCCAUUUUUACAGCCAAUGCAGGAAGUGGGAAAAGCUUAGCGAGAUUCAAAAGACAGCCUGUAAAACACUGAAAGUUCUUGGAGCAAAGAGAAAGCCUCUGCCUUUUUCUUACACAGACCACCAUUGGGAACACACCUACAUUGACCUCAGACUUUCUUUAAAAGGACCAAUAAACAUUCAUUCUCUUGUACCACAUGCUAAAAUAUAUUCUUCUAUUCCAUAGCAGGUGUGUGUUUAUAAUUUUAUUAGUGUGAGGUAUCUAGUCAAGCCUCUGAACCAAGACAUUUUGUAUGACCACAAUUUGAACAUGCUUGAAUGUACUCUGUCAGGAAGCUUUCCAAUUUUUCUGGCCCAGUGGUUCAUGAAAUUUUUAAAUGAACUCGCCCUAUUCUUGAUUAUCUCCCCUUUGAAGGAGGCAUGUCCCUUUAUUUGAACAAACUUGAAUCCCUUCACCCAAGGAUGAUUUAUGCCAAGUUUGAUAGAAAUUAGCCCAGUGGUUCUGGAGAAGAUGUGAAUUAAAAGUUCAUGCCGACAACAACAGACGCUGGACAAAUAUUGAUCAGAAAAGCUCACUUGAGCCUUCAGCUCGGGUGAUUUAAAAAUGUAAGGCCAUUUUUGUUGGUUGAAAUUAAGAUCUAUGUACUUGCAUCAUUGAGUCAUGUCAAAUAAGCCAACUUAUUUAUUUUCUGGCAAUUACUUUUUUUGUUUAAAUGUUUGGUUUCAUUGUUGUUUAUACUGUAUACUCUGCACAUACAAGAAAUUAAAUGAACAAAUGAAUCAAA